AAAAAAAUUAUUUACGCGUUUUACAACAAAUAUUUGGUGUGUAACAGCCAAUAAUUUCGCAUUAAGGUGAAAAAACAAUGUUGCACAUCGCACUUGCUUCACUGCUUUUAGUUUGUGGGACUAAUGGAUAUCCUUCACCCCCAAAUGGUGACACAAAAACAUUGGUUAUGCUACAUGUGUUGUUUAGACAUGGCAAUAGAACUGCAGAAACAAGUGAGCUAUACCCCAACGAUCCCUACCUAAACAGAACCUAUUUUCCUAUAGGAUUAGGCCAGCUAACAAACGCUGGUAAAGCUAAGGAGUUUAGCAUCGGUAAAGCUUUAAGAGAGAGGUACAAUGCAUUUUUGGGUCCUUAUGUCUACCCUGGGUUGGUCGAUGCUAGAUCCACUGAUUACAAUAGAACCAAAGCUUCACUACUUUAUUGUUUGGCUGGCCUUUUUCCGCCUAGAGGUGAACAGAUAUGGGGGAUGUUAAAUUGGCAAGCCGUUCCUUAUAACUUUUGGCCAAGGGAUAAUGAUGAAGUUUUAUUGGGUGUUAAUUGUCCUAAAUACGUCUUAGACUACAAUAAGCAAACUACAUCUCCAAAACAACAACUGGAGUUUUCUAAAGAUAAAGGUAUCAUGGAUUAUGUCAGCAAAUAUUCUGGUUUGAAUGUUACAAGCUAUGAAGAUAUAUACGGCUUAUAUUUUGCUGUAUCCACAGAGGAUGAGUUAGGUCUAAAACUGCCCGAUUGGUUACUAAAGGUCUGGCCUCGAAACAUCACAGACGUUGCUAUAAAAGAGUAUUACGUAGCUACAGCCACUACAGAGCUAAAGCAGAUGGCGGCUGGUUAUUUGUUGCAGAAAAUGAUAAAUGAUACCAAAACUAAAAUAAAUGAAGACCCUAAUACCCAGUUCAAGAAAAAGGUUUAUCUGUAUUCAGCUCAUGAGAGCAACGUGGCACAUUUCUUGAUAACUCUGGAUAUUUUUAAACCUCACAUACCAACCUAUGGCUCUUACGUUACUUUGGAGGUGCAUAAAAUCAAUGGGGUACACGGAAUUAAAAUAUAUUACCAAAACUAUAGCACCAAUAAGCCGCAACUAAUGAAGCUACCAGCAUGCGAAUAUUUUUGUCCCUUGGACCAAUUUACUGAACUUUAUUCAGAAUAUUUUCCCACUAAGGGUUUAUGUGGUAAAACAGCUUGUUAAGUUAAUAAGUAAAUAAACAAAUAUGACAAUCAUGGUUUA